AUGGACGGGAAGAAGGAAUGCAAAUGCCAAUGCGCAUGUGGUGCUGCACCUGGCGAGAAGAAGGAGAAGGUGAAACAGUGUUAUUUAUGUAAAGAGACUGGCCACACUUUUAAGGACUGCAAAUUUAAGGAUGACGCAGAAAAGGUGAAUGUGCCACUUGAAGCUCAUGAAGACGCCAAAAAUGGAGAAAUCAGAGAAGAUCAUUCCGAUGAAGAUAUCAUUGGAAACAAUGGGGAGGAAAACGUCGAAAUCGAAGAGGAAAAAGAAGCAAAAAGUGAAGAGGAAAUCGACGAGGAAGAUGAAGACGAGUUCGAAGAAGGCAGUGAAGAGAAAAAGGAACAGUCUAAUGAACAAGAAGGUUCUGAUGAGGAAGACGAUGAUUGA